AUGGCUGCAAACACCACCCCGCCUGCGUCGCCGCCGUCUCCGUCAGCCUCAUUCUACGAUGUGAGCGACGAUGAGGAAGGGGAUUAUAAUACUGUCACCCAUACUAGCUCCGGGAAAGGCGUGAGACUACUCUAUUCUAAGAGUAAGGUCUAUGUCCAUCCCACUGCAUCUUCAAAGGAUAAUAUACCCGGCUUUAUUGCCUUGGUUCAGCAAAAGCCUGCUCCGUCUGCACCACACGAGAGUACUUCAUCCCCCUCUCUAUCUUCAGAUAAAGCUGUUGAUCCGUCGUCACUCUUACUGUCGUGGGUUCCUGAGGCAUCUCUCGGGGAUGAGCGCAAUGUCUAUGUUAAAGUAGAUCUAUCGGAGGGCAACUCGCCCCCACGGACAUCCUAUCUGGUCCCUCCACUACCCACUACCAUUAGUAGUGCUGGCCCUAUCGGAUCUUAUGCAUUUGCAAUUCCACUGUCACGGAUAUACUCGCUUUUGGUUCGGCCUCCCAGCCUAGGAUGGUGGUUUGGUAGCGUGGUGAUCAACACAAAAGCGGGAGAUAGCUUUCCGGCGCUAUUCUUUCAUGAUAGUGAGUGCGAGUCCACCAUACUGCAAAAGAAGAAACGGACAAAGGAGAACUUUGACCCCUUUGCCGAUGAUGGAAGUAUGUUCUGGGGUGGUGACGAAGUGCUUCGAUGGCUACGGAGAUACGCUGAUGUUCACCGCUCUGGGGAGGACCCAAGUGCCUACCUUAUCAACCCGACUGAGGAAGACAAAACAGCUUUUGGAAAGGCUAAAGACAAGGUAGAAAAAUCUAGCGGCCAGCCUGGUUCUAGCAAGCCUCCCAAAGAUGCAACAAUGGACCCAUUCACAAAGGCCCUCAAGGAAACAAGGUGGAUGGUUCUUGAGCAGUUUAGCAAAAUCACGACUUUCACCCGCAGAACAGCUCAAGAUAUCGCAGAAAACCCUCGAGUACCUCCGCAAGUAAGACGCCUAAUGAGAAACCCAGAAGUCCAAACGUUACAAGACGAGUUUGAUAGUGCCAGACUAUACCUUGCUCGUUGGGCGAUGGGUAUUGCAGAACAGAGCGAACGUGAGCGCAAUCAACGAAUAUGGACAGCAAACGAUGUCUUGGCUAUGGAGAAUAGCUCUGUCGGAGAAUUCGAAAUUCUAGACAUGGAAGCCGCCCAGAUGAGUAUUAGUGACAAGCGGAAAGUAGUCACCUUGGAAGAGUGGAAUGGGUGGUUCCAUAAGACAACUGGGAAACUCCAAAUCACUGCUGGCGAAGCUAAAGAGCGGAUUUUCCACGGUGGUCUUGAACCGAAUGAUGGCGUUCGAAAGGAGGCAUGGCUGUUCCUUUUAGGUUUCUAUGCCUGGGAUAGCAGCGAAGAUGAACGAAAAGCAGUCAUGAACUCACGACGAGAUGAAUACAUCCGCUUGAAAGGUGCUUGGUGGGAGCGUAUGAUUGACGGAGCUUCCACACCCAAAGAGCAGGAAUGGUUUAGGGAACAGAAAAACAGAAUAGAAAAGGAUGUUCACCGGACAGAUCGCCAUAUCCCCCUCUUUGCGGGAGAGGACACGCCUCAUCCGGACCCGGAUUCACCGUUUGCUGAAACGGGAACAAAUGUGCAUCUUGAACAGAUGAAAGAUAUGUUGCUCACAUACAAUGAGUAUAACACAGAACUCGGAUAUGUGCAAGGUAUGAGCGACCUUCUUAGCCCAAUCUAUGCAGUGAUGCAGGACGAUGCGAUCGCAUUCUGGGGGUUUGUCGGGUUCAUGAACCGAAUGGAGCGAAACUUCCUCCGAGAUCAAUCUGGGAUGCGCCAACAGCUAUUGACACUUGACCAACUCCUUCAGCUCAUGGAUCCAAAGCUUUACCUACACCUCCAGAAGGCUGAGAGCACCAACUUCUUCUUUUUCUUCCGCAUGCUUCUAGUAUGGUUCAAGAGGGAAUUUGAAUGGGUCGAUUGCCUCAGACUCUGGGAAUCGCUAUGGACAGAUCAUUUGUCUAGCAGUUUCCACAUCUUCGUCGCUUUGGCUAUACUAGAGAAGCACCGUGAUGUCAUCAUGGCACACCUUCAUCACUUCGAUGAAGUCUUGAAAUAUGUUAACGAACUUUCAAAUACAAUCGACUUGAUACCAACACUGAGUAGAGCCGAGGCCCUAUUCCACCGUUUCGAGAAGAAGGUUGAAGCUAUUGACAAGAAGUAUAACUUCCCUCAAGCACCUGUUCGCCAGCGAACAACACGUCCUACAUCUCAGGCCAAUACCACUGCCUCACCCCCUGCAGAUAGUGCUGCAAAAGCAACCGGAGCUAGCCCGUCAGCUAGUAGAGGAACAAGACCCUCCAACAAGCCUGAUUCCAAUGCUGACUCUGAGGCUACUUCUUCUCAAAUAAUAACCCCUCUUCUUCGUAAACUCCUAAGCCGGGAGGUGGAAGUCAUGGAUGCCAAAGAGGUUCGGCAACAUAGUCGUCCUGGGGCAAAAUAA